AUGCAUCAUGGAGAAGAAAGGUUAUUGAUUGGUUUGGGGAUUGCAAAUUUAUACUAUGCACUUCGGACGGAGCAACCCACCCCUCUUACUGAUGAAAGUUCCGAUGAGGAUAAACGGAAUUUUGAGAGGUGGGAACACUUCAAUCGCAUGAGUCUUAUGAUUAUGCAACAUGUCAUCCCUGAAAACUUUCGCGGUACUGUCCCGAAAGAAGCAACUGCUAAGGAAUUUCUCGAGGCCAUUGAUAUGAAUUUCGCAAGAAAUGAAAAGGCCGAAACGGCUUCAUUGUUGCAUAAACUUGUGACUAUGAGGUAUAAUGGCCGAGGGGAAAUUAGGGAACACAUUAUGGAAAUGUCAAACACUGCUUCAAAGCUUACGACACUUAAUUUGACAAUCAGUGAUGAUCAACUAGUGCAUUUGGUUAUGAUAUCUCUUCCUCAUCAAUUUGAUCACUUCAAAGUUAGUUACAAUACUGUGAAGGAUAAAUGGACAUUGAAUGAGUUGAUUUCUCAUUGUGUUCAAGAGGAAGAGAGAUUGAAGCAAAGUAAGACAGAAAGUUCUCACUUAGCAACAAGCUAUAGGGGUAAACGAGGAAGAGACAAGGGAAAGAGGGUUCUUUCCGAGUUCGCUAAGGGGAAGAGGAUUCUUCCUGAUUUCUCUAGAAAUGUUGUGGGUCAAUCUGCAAAACAGUUUAAGAUGGAAAAAUCAUCUUCAGUUUGCUUCUUUUGCAAGAAAGAUGGACACAAGAAGAAUGAUUGUGAAGAAUAUCACGCUUGGCGCGUGAAGAAAGGGUUGCCUCCAGUGCUGAAAGCCGAUUGA